AUGUGUGAUGCGAAUGUAGAGCAGGACGUCAUCAGCUACAGCGCUGCGAUCAGCGCGUCCGAGAAAGGCGAGCAGUGGCAGUGGGCUCUGGCACUCCUUCGUAUUAUGCUGGAGGCGAUGCUAGAGCCCCAAUCAGCUACAACGCUGGGAUCAGCGCUUGCGGGACAUGCGACCAGUGGCAGCGGGCUCUGUCGUUGCUCGGCGAGAUGCGGGCGGCGAAGCUGGAGCCUGACGUCAUCUCUCAGCUACAACGCUGGGAUAAGCGCAUGCGAGAAGCGCGGGGAGUGGCCACAAGCCCUGUCGCUGCUGAACGAGCUGUGGGAGGUGAGAUUGCAGCCCGACGCCAUCAGCUACAGCGCUGGGAUCAGCGCGUGCGGGAAGGGCGAGCAAUGGAAGCAUGCUCUGUCGCUGAUCGACGAGAUGCGGGAAGCGAAGAUGGCGUCUAACCUCAUCGCUGCAGUGCUGGUAUCAGCGCGUGCGAAAAGGGAGGGCAGUGGCAGCAAGCUCUGUCGCUGCUCGGCGAGGUGCGGGAGGCGAUGUUGCAGCCGGACAUCCGAUCAGCUACAAUGCUGGGGUCAGCGCGUGCGAGAAAGGCGAGCAGUGGCAGCGGGCAUUGGCGUUGCUCAGCGAGAUGCGAGCGAUGAAGUUCGAUCCCGAUGUCACCAGCUACAGCGCUGCGAUCAGCGCGUGUGGGAAAUGCGAGCAGUGGCAGCGUUCUCAGUUGCUGCUCAGCAACAUGUGGCGGGCGACGGUGGUGCCCAACUAGUCAGCUACAGCGCUGGGAUCAGCGCGUGCGAGAAAGGCGGGCAGUGGCAGCGGGCGUUGGUCCUACUCGGCGAGAUGUGGGAAGUGGAGCUGGAGCGCAGCGCCAUCGGUUACAACGCUGGGAUCAGCGCGUGCGGGAAAGGCGAGCAGUGGCAGCAUGCUCUGGCGCUGCUCUGCACAAUGCGACAGGUGAGGGUAGAGCCAACCGAUUCAGCUACAGCGCUGGUGUCAGCGCGUGUGAGAAAGGCGAGCAGUGGCAACAGGCAUUGGCGUUGCUCAGCGAGAUGCGGGAGGUGA